AUGAAAGAAACCGUUGGUUUAAGAAGAAGAUUAUGUAUUAUCAACAAACGCUUGGACGGAAAAAUGGCAAUUGUAACAGGAUGUAACACUGGAAUCGGUCUUUAUACAGCCAGUGAAUUAGCUCGUCGUGGUGCAACAAUCUUUAUGGCAUGUAGAAAUAUCGAACGAGCCAACAAAGCUAAAAUACAUUUAUUGGAAAUGUAUGGUAAGAAUAAUAGGAAAAGUGAACAAAUCGAUGUUGCAUGUAGUCGAGUGAAGUCAUCUUUAAAGCCCAUCGAGUCGGAUCAGGUAUGUCAAUACUGA